AUGGCCCCGGGGCUCAGUGCUCCCCCAGCAGUCACAGCCAGGCUGGUGGUGCUGCUGUCCCUGCUGGGUUUGGCUGUGGGUGGGAAGCUCCUGGUGGUGCCGGUCGAUGGGAGCCACUGGCUCAGCAUGAGGCAGGUGCUGGACAGUCUGUGGCAGAGGGGACACGAAAUAGUUGUUGUUGCACCUGAAGUAAGUCUGUACAUCAAGCCAUCUGAGAGUUUUGUGAUGAAAUACUUUGCAGCACCCCUCACACUGGAAGAGGUGAAGAAAGAAUUCCAGGCAUUUUUGCAGAUUUCCUUUGAGGAAGGAUCUUUUCUAACAAGACUUCUUAAAGCAUAUGAAGGGAUGAAAAGACUCGGUGAAUUGUCAGUUCUCAGCUGUGAAUGGCUCCUGAAAAACCAAGAGCUCCUCAGGUAUCUUCAGGAGAGCCAGUUUGAUGCCCUCCUCACAGACCCUGUAGUUCCCUGUGGGUUGAUCCUGGCAGAGCAUCUUUCUCUUCCCUCCGUGUAUUUCCUACGAGCAGUCCCCUGUGGUUUGGAUUUUGAAGCCACCCAGUGCCCCAAACCCCUUUCCUACAUCCCCAGGGAAUUUUCACAGCUCACAGACCGCAUGACCUUCUUCCAGAGGGUGAGGAAUUUGCUCUACGACUUCCCAAACUUUUUCAUCUGUGAUUUUGGCUUUCAACCCUUUGCCAAACUGGCCUCGGAGUUCCUGCAUCAGGAUGUGACUGUGCUGGAUCUCCUGCGCCAGGGCUCCGUUUGGCUCCUGAGGGUAGAAUUCGUGUUAGACUAUCCCAGGCCUUUGAUGCCCAACAUCAUUCCCAUUGGAGGAGUACACUGUGCUCACAAGAAGCUGACUCAGGUGGGUCUGGUUUUGAUUUGUGCUGUGGUUGAUUUGUGUGUCCUGAGGGUGAAGUUUUGUGUUACAGAGAGGAAUUGAGUUCCCUUUUUGGGUGCCAGUUCCCUCACAGAGUGUUUUAAAUCUCUGCU